UGUGUGUGUGUGUGUGUGUCAGGCCUGCGUCUCCAGCUUCAGUCUGGUCCUGAAGGAUUUCCUCUCCUCUCAGACGUCAGGCCUCAGUCCAGUGACGCUCACCAACCAUGAGCGGUGGAGUGAACAUCAAAGUCACAUCCCAGAGCCAGAGUGACGCAGAUGUCAACUCCAGUCUCCAUUUACCCGGAAGCAUGAUACCACUCUCCAAGAUGGAUCCCAAACAGCACAGCAGCGGCCUCCCCAAUCCUACCCUGCACUAUCAGCACGCCACCAAGAGACGACCUUCCUAUUCAUCGUCCUCGGUAUCUCCAGGUCCGGCAGAACUGCUGAGAGGUGCAGCUUUAAAGAACCAUCUGCUGCAGCAAAAGAGCAGCAUGUUUUCUCACAGAAGCCCAGCGUCUACAGAGCGGACUGAUGGAACGUGCUCCGCAUACAGCAGCCCUCAGAUACCGAGGAGGGAGGUCCCACGCUCUAAAGACACACUGGACCUCCGCACUAGCACGCUUACCCAGAAGGCAAUGCGGGACCUCCAGUUAAGACGAAAUGCCAACAAGAAUUGGACAUUUGGGAAUUAUCGUCUAAGGAAUGUGGACAACACAGAUGUGAGUGAUUCCUCCUCGUACCGGCUCUCGGCGAAUGUCCAGCAGGGCCAAGGAAGAGGGCGUCAACUUUUCACUAAAGGUGCAAAUAGGAAUGAGAUAUCAGGAGUCUCUCCAGGUGGGAUGGGAUACUGCCAGAAGGACAUGAGAAACAUUUCCAACCAGGUGGUGGCAGCUUCUGAGGGACACGUGUCAAGUGAGAAAUCAAAGUCUUAUUAUCAGACAUGCAACAUGCAACGCAGAAGGAGUGAGCCUGGGAAGGUCAACAUGGCGGCUGUUGCUCCCUUCAGGUUCAGGUUUCAGGUCCAUGAGGACACAGACGCCUUCCUGGACAACCUGAGUGACUGCUCCUCUGACUCCAUGGAGGUCUGCUGCGAAGAUCUUGGGGGCAUGCUUGGAAAUAGUGUGAAAGGCAGAGAAGGAGAUUUGAAAAUGGAAAGGACGGAUAGCACAAAGGCAUACGGCCAAGCAGAUGGCAAAGGAGUUGGUAUGGCAGCGAAGAGGGCAAAGUCUGGAGUGCCCCAGAGCACACAGCGGGGUGAACUGAAGGUUUACCGGGUGGGUAGCUCUGAGGGCAGGAUACCGGUGCCAUCCAACCUCCGCAAACAGAGGUCUAUGACAAACCUGGCUGUGCUGACCGAUGCUGAGAAGAAGUUGCAUCUCUAUGAGCCAAAGUGGUGCGAUGACAUGGCCAAACCUGGAGCAGGGCAGACGAAGAUGGGCAAGCCAAAGACAGCAGGAGGUGGCCCUGGUGUUGGAGGGGGUUCCCCUCUCUCUCGAAACCUAUCCAAGUCGGAACAUUCACUGUUCCAGGGCAAACCCAAGCCCUUCAGCCCACUGGCUGCUCCCACUGCCCUGAGCAAGCAGAGCCGCAUACCUCGUGGUCCUUAUGCCGAGGUGAAGCCCCUGAGCAAAGCACCUGAGGAUGGAAAGUCAGAUGAUGAGAUCCUCUCCAGCAAAGCAAAGGCCAACGCCAAGAAACAGGGAGCUGUUGCUGGAGGGGAGUCUGGUUCCAAAGGCCAGGGGGAGGAAGGGGGAGACAAACCCUUCCUAAAGGUGGACCCAGAGCUGGUGGUGACAGUGCUGGGCGACCUGGAACAGCUGCUCUUCAGUCAAAUGUUAGACCCCGAGUCUCAGAGGAAACGGACGGUGCAGAAUGUCCUUGACCUCCGCCAGAAUUUGGAGGACACCAUGUCGAGUCUGCGGGGGUCCCAGCUCAGCCACAGCUGCCUGGAAAGCAGUAAUGUGGGAUAUGACAGUGACGAGACCAACGCCCGCAGCAUAUCCAGCAUGUCCAACCGCUCCUCACCUCUCUCCUGGCGCCACGGCCAGUCCAGCCCCCGUCUCCAGGCGGGUGACGCCCCGUCUGCCACAGGUGGAGGGUACCAGGGGAGUAAAGCUGCCUCCCAGUACACAGCCCACACGAUGCCAGCUCGCACCUCGGGCCGCCUCAGCAGCGCGUCUCGCAUCGAGCUCAUCGAAGGCCUGAGUGACGCCGACCUCAAGUCCGGUUAUCUGAGCGACAGUGACCUUCUGGGAAAGAGCCUGCCGGAUGACGAUGAUGACAACCUGGCUAACGGUUGGGAUGAGAGCAGCUCCAUAAGCAGCGGCCUCAGCGACGGCGAUGGUUCGGAUAACCUCAGCUCAGAGGAGUUCAACGCCAGCUCCUCUCUCAACUCCCUCCCGAGCACACCCCUGGGCUCCAGACGCAACUCUUCUGUCAUGCUCCGCACUGAUGCAGAGAAGCGCUCCCUGGUGGAAAGCGGACUGUCUUGGUACAGCGAGGAUGGCAAAGCCAGCCACAAGCUGGAUAGCUGCAGCUAUGAGACAGGGAGUCUCAAGACAGAGGCCCCAAGCAAGUGGAGGAAGAAGCCUCCAGGCCUCGGUGAAGAUCCAGGGAGUAAAGGUGAACUGAAGAAGCCGCAGAGUUUGGGUCAACCAGGGAGUUUCAGGAAGGGUCGUAAUCCUCCUGUGGGCGUCACCUCCCCCAUCACCCACACAUCUCAGAGCAUGCUCAAAGUUGCAGCACCUAAAAGUGAGAGGCCGCUGGACAAAUCCAAGAUGUCCAUUAAAACUGCUGGUCUGCAACGGUCUCGCUCUGACGCUGGCCGGGAUCAUCAUGGAGAGCACCGCAAGCCUCCAUCAGGUUUAGUUAAACCCACUGCUGGAGCGUCCUUUGGGUAUAAGAAGCCACCAAUCGCCACUGGCACCGCCACUGUUAUGACAGCAGGGGGCACCACCAUCUCCAGCGGCUCUGCUACUGUGGGGAAAAUCCCCAAGUCAUCUGGCAUCCCUGUGAAGCCUGUGGGUGGAGGGAUACCAACAGGUCGAAAGAACAGUUUUGAUGCCAGCAACGAGCAGAGCUUCUUGGGACCAAACGCCCGAAACAGCAUUCAAUACCGCAGCCUGCCUCGACCGGCCAAAUCCAGCACGCUCAGUGUGAUCGGUCGCCCCGCAGUUCGUCCUGUCAGCGGCACCAUUGAUCCCGGCCUGUUGAGUUUGAAGCCUUUGCCCAUGGCCUCCGCAGGCCCCAGGGUCAAAGAGCUGAGUAGCUGCGGCAGUAAGAUGACGGCUCGAACCAGCACAGGCCCAGUGAACCAGACAGACCGAGAGAAGGAAAAGGAGAGAGCCAAGGCGAAGGCUGUGGGCGCCGACAUGGACUGUGGCUCUCUGAAGGGAGACGACACUCGGUCCGGGACAGCAGGAGAGUCCACUUUGAAACUGCACGGCCUGAGACGGACCAGCAGCGGCAAAUACCCUGAACUGUCAUCACCCACCACGCCAAGGAUGCUAAACACAAAGUCUCUGGGUCGUCCACCCAGCCUGGCUCACCUGGACAAGGUUAACUCGAACAGUCUUGACUCCUGCGUGACCAUUCAUGACCUCCCACCCAAAGUCCCCCCGUACUCGAAGCUUCAGGACUUGGCUGGUUCCCACACCGCUGGUCGCCUCACCCCUAGCCCAGCGCCCAUCCUCCACAUCGAUUCCCCCAGCUCCUACACCAGUGACAGCCUGAGCCUGAGUGGAUCACCACUGCUGUAUCCCAAGCUGAUGCACCGCAGCAUGGAGUCCUUGCCCCUGCAGAUGAGCGUCCCCUCCAGUGCGAGGUUUGUCACAGCUGAGAGGCACGAUAAGCAGGAGAGGGCCACAGGGACCUGGGGGGCCGGGAGCAGAACGUCCCUCAACCUCACUGAUAGCUUGCAAGCGGACAGAAACACCUUGCCGAAGAAAGGCUUAGAACGUUACGGCUCAAGCCUGUCGGACAGUGAUGGAAGCAAACCAGGCAGGCGCCACUCCCACACCAUAGUCGGCAUGACAGAGAGUGACAGCCCCCCCCAGCUGCCUUCUCCCACCCGCAUGCUCCACCCCUCAUCCGGCAAGGCUCCUCUCACCAACGUGGUUGCCCCAAUUUCCAGCGGCACUCCGAGGAUCUCGCGCUCGAACAGCAUUGGCCCCCCCGGUGACUCAGCCUGUGAUCUCUAUGGAACCUCCCCCCUGGGCAGCAGUAUGUCACUGGCUGACCGGCCAAAAAGCAUGAUGCGGUCGGGGUCUUUCCGUGAACCAGGGGAUGAUGUACAUGGCUCUGUACUGUCUUUGGCGUCCAAUGCUUCAUCGAACUAUUCCUCGAAUGAGGAGAGGAUACAAGGGGAGCAAAUCCGGAAGCUGAGGCGUGAGCUGGAGUCCUCCCAGGAAAAGGUUGCCAACUUGACAAUGCAGCUUUCUGCCAACCUUGGCCAGGCUAAUCUGGUGGCAGCAUUUGAGCAGAGCCUGGCGUUGAUGACGGCACGACUAGAGACCCUGUCGGUCUCCUCGGAUCAAAAGGACUCGGAGCUCACUGAGCUGAAGGAGACCAUCGACAUUCUGAAGACUAAAAACACAGAGGCCCAAGAAAUCCUCCAUGAGGCUCUCAGUGAUCCAGAAAUCACACCCAAAGAGCUGCUGAUCAAUCGGCAGAACUCGUCAGAGAGCAUCUCCAGCCUCACCAGCACCACCAGCCACUCCAGCAUGGGGAGUCUGAAAGAGCAGGAGGCCAAGAAGAAGAAGAAGAAGAGCUGGGUCUUUGAGUUGCGUAGCUCUUUCAACAAGGCCUUCAGUAAGAAGGGUUCCAAGCCGUCAGGGCCGUAUGCCGACAUCGAGGAGAUCGCCACCCCAGAAUCCUCUGCACCUCCCUCCCCCAAGGUCCACAAUAUUAGUGAUACUCCCUCGUCCACAAUUAGAUCCUCGACCUCUGCAUCAUCAUCCGGACUGUGUGAAGGAGGUGAUGAGGAGGCGGAUGACAAGGUCGUGACAGAGCUGCGUACAGAGCUGUGGGAGAAGGAGCUAAAACUGACAGACAUCCGCCUGGAGGCUCUGAGCUCUGCUCAUCAGCUGGAGCAGCUGCAGGAGGCCAUGAACGGCAUGCAGAAGACAGUGGAGAACCUUAAGGCUGAGAACGACCACCUGAAGACGGGUGGUCCGUCCCCCUGUCCGUCCCCCGGCCCCUCCAGCUCCGUCUCCCAGUCCUCGGGUCUCACCGCGCUGGAAAGUUCAUCGCCGCGACAGUCGGUGGCAAUGCAAAUGCCAAAAAGCUACAGCAGAGGGCUGAGUGAAGGGAGCUCAGACGUCCACUCUGCAGAGUCUCUCAGCCUGUCCUCACAGAGGGACGAUCACCGUGUCCGGGUGGUGGUUUGUGUUGCGGAUUUGCACGUCUUCAAAGAUGAGGUGAAGCAACAGGAUUUCUUUGUGGGCACCGUCAGGGUGAACGGGAGGAUGGACUGGACCAUGCUGGACUCGGCGGUCGGUCAGGCUUUCAAGGUGUACAUAACCAAAGUUGAUCCCACCUCCAGCCUGGGUCUGUCCACUGACUCCAUCUACAGCUACAGUAUGGGCCACAUCAAGAGAGUGCUGGGAGGAGACGCCCCUGAAACGCAACCCUCUCGCUGCAUGUCCCGAGGACCCAGCAGCAUCACCGUGUCUCUGAAAGGUUUAAAGGAGAAGUGUGUGGACAGCCUGGUAUUUGAAACACUCAUCCCCAAACCCAUGAUGCAACACUACAUCAGUCUGCUGCUCAAACACCGCCGCCUCAUCCUGUCCGGACCCAGCGGGACGGGGAAGUCCUACCUCGCCUCCCGGCUGGCCGAGUACCUGGUGGACCGCAGCGCCCGCGAAGUCUCCAAUGGCAUCGUGGUCACUUUCAACAUGCACCGUCAGUCGUGCAAGGAUCUGCAGCUUUAUCUUUCCAACCUGGCCAAUCAAAUUGAUCGAGAAACCAGCACCUCCGACAUACCGCUGGUGGUCAUUCUGGAUGAUGUUCACAAUCCUGCCUCUAUCAGCGAACUUGUCAACGGUGCUCUCACCUGCAAAUAUCACAAAUGUCCUUACAUUAUUGGAACAAGCAACCAGCCAGUGAAGAUGAUUGCAAACCAUGGACUUCACCUCAGCUUCAGGAUGGUGACCUUCUCCAACAACGUGGAACCAGCCAACGGCUUCCUGGUGCGAUAUUUGCACAGGAAGAUGAUGGAGUCGGAGAAUGAGAGGAACCUGACCAACGAGGACCUGAUCAAGGUGUUAGACUGGGUCCCCAAACUCUGGUAUCACCUGCACGCCUUCCUGGAGAAGCACAGCACAUCAGACUUCCUCAUUGGUCCGUGUUUUUUCCUGUCAUGUCCGGUCACAGUGGAUGAGUUUCGAUCGUGGUUUAUUGAUCUUUGGAACCACUCUAUUAUCCCGUACCUGCAGGAGGGGGCCAAGGACGGCAUCAAGGUGCACGGCCAGAAGGCGGUGUGGGAGGACCCAGUAGAGUGGGUGAGGGGCACUCUGCCUUGGCCCUCUGCCCAGCAGGACCAGGCAAAGCUGUUCCACCUUCCUCCCCCCAGCAUCGGCUCCAGCAGCCCCGGUCAACCCUGCGAGGAGAGGCCUCACAAGGAGACCCCGCCCAGCUCCAUGGAAUCUGAUCCGCUGAUGGCAAUGCUUUUGAAACUUCAAGAGGCUGCCAAUUACAUUGAAUCCCCAGACAAAGAAGAUCCUAGUCUGCCCAAACUUUGAACACAAAGCUCAAAAUCAAACACUCAGCACUUCAGAUCUCACCUAUCUGUACGCUGCACGGACACAGUGCACAUUCAGGAGCAUACGAACCCGCAGAAAUGGUUGUCGAUUUAAACUCUCAUUUCCACGCUAGGUUAACAGUGAAGCUGGGUUAUUACGGAUCCUUUUAAUAAGUGCAGUAUUUUCAAAAACUGUUCGAGCAUUGAAUGAAAACUUAUAUAUUCUAUUACUUCAUUAUAUAUUUAACCCUUUAUUAGCCCUCAGUCGUCUCAGAUCGGUGCUAAUAGAUCACCAUCAUCAUCUCAGCACUUAAACUUCAGGUGAUUUCUGCAGCAGCACACACCAUUCAUCCAAGUGCAUCAUGGGAUAUGGUGUUCCUGUCAACAAGCGCUGUUCUUAUUUAACAGUAAUUCAUUCAGAAGAAAAAGAGUAUGACAGCAGGCCAGGAGCUCCUGUUUAUUGCAAAGUGCUCUGGUACAUAUCUAGUGUUAAAGUCUCUGAAGGUCAAACUUUACAUAUAUAUAUAUGCAAUCCUGAACUUCACAGUCUAAGCAGGUGAAACAGAUAAAAUGCCUUAAAGAUAACAGACAUCAGCGUCGGCUCAACUUCAGCAGAGUAAACUGGUGCUUUCAUCGAUAUCAUCCCGGCUGAGACCCUCAGAAAACAGUGAUCUCCUCAACUCUACGAUUUAUUUAUUUCAAAUUAUCAUUUUUAUUUUUACGGAAAAAAAUACAUACUCAACAAUGUUGGGGUUCAUUUUCAGUAUACAGGUAUUUUAACAUCUACUUUUCCGGUUUCUAAGUUUGGAAAUUAAACUUGCUGUCAUACUCUUUUACAUACAGAAUAUUAUUUAUUUGCGAUGUGAGUCCAUGGGAUUGUCGUACCAUUUUUUUCCAAACCACCUAAUUUAGUUAUUAUUUAAUUGCUUUAUGUUUAAACAAGUCGUCACCAAUGUUGCCAUAUAUAUCAGGUAUUAGAUACUUAUACACAGGGAUAAUACAUAUACAUGACAUAACAAACACCCGAUCGAGAAAAUGCAAUUUGAAUCCGAUUCAGAUUUCUUCUAUACAGAAAGAGUAUUGUGUGUUUGAUUCAAAUCUUUCCCCUCAUGUUCAGAGUAGUAACUGUAUAUAAAAUGUACAUACAAUCAGACAUCACAGUUAUUUUAUCUACCAUUAGUUGGCGCAAAUAUCUAAUAUACUGAACCAAAUACUGUACUUUAAUCAUGCAUAUUGAUUGUCGAGAUAAGGGUUUAAGUUUAACUACAGAAUCAGUGUUAAUUCUCCAGUAGGUGCUUUUAAAGGAAGCCUUAAUACAAAGCUCCGCUGCAAAACGAUGGCUGAGUGACUUUUUACGCCCAUUUCACGUGCAAGAGUUCACACACUCGUCACUCAUGCUUCUAUCAUCAUUUAGGUGCGCAUGGUGCUCUUAAACAAUGUCCCAGACUGUUUUCAUGUCAGAUUAAGGUUAUGUAGACUUUCAGGGUAGCUUAGCAAAGAGUUUUUGUGUCUUAGAUCAGUGAAACACUAGUGAAGUUGAUCUGGACCUUGAUUUCUGAUCAUUUUUCUAAGGUGACUAAGUGUUGAAGACAUUACGUAGAUGCCGUGAAGUCGUGUGACACAUUGUGUGGUGUGUACACCCAUGUUGAUGUCAUGCAUAUUCUACAACGUUCUGGGAGCGCAGCACAGAAACAUAGAAAUAAAAAAAGUUAAAAGAGUUUAAAAGAGGAAGAUUUAAACACUCUGUAGAUUUUUGUAAAGAAUCUGGUGAAUGACAGAUAAAACAUAUUGUUGUGGCGUCGAAAUGGUUCAUCUGUUCAUCACAAACUACACAUCAACCCUGUAAAUGAAUGUCAGACCACUUCUAUGACAGCUCGAUGAGAAAGUUUUAAACUCAGCUGCAGAUCGCUUUUUGUUUUUUUUAAAAUGCACAGUUACAAUAAAGCUGAAAACUUCACGCUAAUCUGCAGCUCUGAUUUGCUGCCAAAUGAAUGAAAUGCAUUACAGAAGAAAAAGAUGCCGGUGAGUCUCUCCUCGGCCAUGAUGCCGUUUUAGAAUCAUUUCCGUUAAUGUAAAUAUUCCAGGUCUCAGACAGCAUCACCCGCCACGAUCUGUUUUCCGCAGGUCAACAAAAGCCAUCAUCCGCCUGUGCUUCUCAUCUCAUUCACUGGUUGUUGUGCCUGUUGCUUUGUAGCGGUGUAGCUGUGAUUUGUGUUUGCUUACUAGUGCAUCGGGACUAUGCAGCAACUUCUACUGGUGUUGGCGGUCUGAGCUUGACGAGCAAAAAAAAACGCGGCGUGUUUCCAUCCGGUCUGUCUUCGGGUUCUUGGUUUGGACCAAAGUGCACCAUGGGAUAGAAGUGGGGAGCGUAAUAACGAGCCUUAAAAAAAGGGAGGAGGGUCAAAGAAUCAGCUGUUUGGAAGCUGUUUUGAUGUGUUUCGUCUUUAUGAAUGGCAACAAAAUUCAUGCAACUGGUCAAAUGACGUUAAAGAAAUCUAGAAAAAUCAAACAAUGAGCCUGACGUAGUUGCUCUGCUCUUCACAGUUUUCAAGUAGAACCUGAUAAUGAGAUUAAACAAGUAUCUUAGGCCAAUACAGGUUGCUGAAUAGUCAUAUUUUUGCAAAGCUUGUUGUGGACUAAACUAUGAUUCAAAAAAAGAUGUUAUGCGGUAUCUAAUGUCACUGACGUACAAAUGUUAGGGGUUUCUAAGUGUUGUAAAUGCAUGUAAACCUGCUGUGUGAUGAGGAAACAUAUGUUAGAAUUGACGUAUUGUUUAGGAAAAUCACUCUAGAUGAUGUUUUCCUUUUUAAUACUCAGAUAUUUGAUAUUUCUUUUUUUUCUAAAGAAUCCUUUGUAAAACUUAAUUUCUCUAUUUUGUACAGGGCAUCAUUGUAAAGAUUGUAAAUAGGCCAGCGUUCUGGAUGCGGCAACAAUCAUUGAGGAGGAGAAAAAGAAUAUCACUGACAGAAAGGUUUAUUUCUUCAGAGUUGGGUCCAAUACAUGGAUAAGGCGUGUUUGUCUGAAGACUUUCAUCCACCUAUCACUGUUUGUUGGAAUCAAUAAAAUUCAUGUUAUAUUUA